UUCGUGUGUUGAAAAUAUAACAAGUUCUGGGUUUUCAACACAUCACUAAAUAGCAAAGUGGCGUUUGCAUGUAGACCGACUGCAAUCUGUUGUUUUCUUUCUCCAGAAUGGCCUCUUUUGGCUGGAAGCGGAAGGUGGGAGAGAAGGUUUCCAAGGCAACGGUGCAGCAGUUUGAGGAGGAUUCCAAAAAAGACGAGGUCAAAUUGGAAUUGGACGGGGUCGACUGGCUUCACGUCAUCAAACGCAGGCGGGAGGUGCUGCUGGAAGACUGCGCCGCCAAGAGUAAACGACUGAAGGAGGAGGGAGCUCUGCUAGCGGAGCAGGGCAGGCAUUGGGAGGCUGUGAAGCGAUGGGAUGAGGCAAUUCAGCUGACCCCAGAUGAUGCUCAUCUCUAUGAGAUGAAGUCACAGGUGCUCACCAUACUGCAUGAGGUGUUCCCAGCGGUGCAGGCGGCAGAGACGUCAGCCAGGCUACGUCCGCUGUGGUGGGAGUCAUGGCAGACGCUUGGCCGCGCCCAGCUCGGUCUCGGUGAGGUGGAUCUGGCCGUGCGGUCGUUCCAGGUCGCGGUGCACUUGCAUCCGUCCGAGCGGCGGCUUUGGCAGGAUGAUUUGGAGUGGGCGGUUCGACUCCGCGAACAGAAACGCGCCGCGCAAUCCAAAGCGAACGAGGAAGAGGAAGCCCGUCGUCUCCUGGUCAACGCCCCAGAGUUACAACAGGACUUUGACGACUUUGAGAGCGACGAGGUCAUCGCCGCUUGUACGGCCAUGGCUGAGCGACAGAAGCGGUACGAGGAGUUGAAGAAAACGGCGGUCGUGGUAGACGCUCAGGGAGCCGUCAGGGAAAUUGUUGUUGAGGGCGAUGACACACCUGCCACAUCAACCCAGGAGCAGCUGGUGAAAGCAAGAGGACUGUGACGAGAAUGAGACAAUAACUGUUUGUUUGUGCAUUUUUAAAACAGUACAUGGACAUUGGUCAAUUACGUGACAGAAAGUUAAUUUUUUUUUUUGUUUGUUUGUCUUUGUGAACACGUGGUUCGUGUAAAUCAUAUGCUCUUGCUGUCUGAUUGAUGCACUGUGGGAUGUCUGAAUAUUAAUUGUUUUAUUUCGUGUACGGUAAUGUUAUUUUCAGUGAGACUCGCAAUUGAACUUUCACUCAAGACAAGUCAUCAUUGACACCUUCAAAACCUAAGAGAUGCUGGGGUCAUUACAUUAUCCCAUUGAGCGGUGCGUUGAACAGCUGCAGAAAGAUUAUGGUGUAUGGUUACAGCAAUAGGUUUCAUGUGGAUUAACACCCCUUUUCAGUUCUUUUUGCAGUCCGUGCCUUGUGAUGGCGUUUGGACAACAUGUAAUGGGUCACCUCCAUUAUAAUAUGUCGUGUUCUAUCCACCAUACCCUCUCCUUCUCACUUGUUUUCUAUACUGUUGACCUCUGUGUGGCACGUAGAAAUGAAAUACAAUCGAAUGAAAGUGUAACCAUUUAAUUUAACAAUUGGUGUAACACUUUGAUGUGUAUAUUCACUAUAUGAAUUAAAUGCCUAGUAUGUUUAAUGCUUUUAGUUUACUAAGAGUGGGCACAGUAUAGGCUGCACACUCCACCAAGUUCUGUGUUUGUGUCUGAGAGAGAGAGAGAGAGCAGGAUAUU